AUGGGCCUGUCGAUCAGGGGGAGUGGUGUGCGCGUGCACGUGAGCGUGGUCUCCUCGAUUUUGGAUGCUGGUGAUUUGGAGUUUAGGGGUGAUUUUGGCUCGAGCUCCCAGAUACUGGUGGCGGGCAGUAAGCUUGUGAUGACGUCUGGCCACACCAUUCAAUUCCAGAGGUUUUCUCUUGGUGCGAAUUUGACGCUGCUGCUGCUGCUGCUGCUUGACAACAGCAUCGAGGGGAGUAGGUACGCAGUUUAUUUCUCCGAUGCUGUUGUUGUUGAUGGUGGCGGGAUCCUUAUAAAGGGAAAUACGCUGAUCACAACGGACGAAGAUGAGGGUGUGGAAUCAUCUGUUUGCUUUUACGCUGUGGAAGUGAAUAAUGGCGGCUACCUUUUUGUGGAGAACAACACGAUGAACGCGGCUAAUGGUGUUUUUGUUUUUGGUGAUACUUCCGUGAGCUCCGCUGGGCUGCUGCGAGUGGCGGACUGCGACUUUGUUGGCCGAACGAAGGUUUCGUAUUCCGCCCUUUUGUACUUGGACGGAUCGGUGACACUUGAGGGUGGUGCACAAUGGCGUGUGGAGGGCAACGUCGUGGGCGCAGUUUCAGUAUUAACUAUUCCGUAUUCCUGGCACAAAAUUAAACUGUCGGGCAGCGGCACCGCCGUGGUGCUUGCAAACAACCGUCAGGUGGACGAUAGCUGUCCUUUUGCUGAUCUGGCUCUGCCGAACAUGAUUGUGGUUUCACCCGCGCGGUUUGUGGUUGGGUGCAACCUGCAGGGCGAUGAGGAGGUGUUGUAUGACGGUUUGUUUCCUGGGGAAGUGGUGGUGUUCAGAUGCGGCACAUGCAACGACAACGCGGCGUGCUACAUGCCCGGGACGGAGUCGGUGAACCGCGGCUCGUGCUCGUGCAGCUGCAAGGACGGAUGGCGUGGCGCGUCGUGUCUUCCCUUCGAGGUGCCCGACACUGUUGUGCCGCCCGUAGCGGAGAGAGCCGUCGACGGCGACACGAGCUGCGUGGUGAACCAGACGCUGACGAACCUCACGCUGAACAUGUGGAAGACGCACCACUGCUACGUGGGCGUGACAUUCAACGGCGUGGGUGCUGUGCUGAAGUUUUUUUUCAACGGUAUGCCGCUGCAUCUCCCCAUCAACAUCACGCUCAGUGGGUGCACGUUCCUUUACGGGGCUGUGCUGCAGUUUGUUGGGGGAGCUGAGGCGGCCGAGUCAUCCGGCGUCCUGAUCCGCGUGAGCCAGACGGUGAUGCGGCGGUCCUCUGUUGUUGUGUUUGCACUCGCCCUCCCGCAGCACUGCGACAUUGCCGUCACGGAGGUUGACGCGGUGCAGUUCUCCGUGGUCCAGUUGCUGGAAUCUGUGAACAACAUGUGGAGCGUUAUGAUGCUGCGGAACGUCGUGUUGAGUGCGUCCUCGUUGUUGGUGAGCAACGUCAAAGCGCGUGCAUUUGGUUACGGUGGGUUCGGUUUGUACUCGACCGGGACGCUGACGCUGGUGAGUGGCGGCUCGCUGUACGUGCGGUACUGCAGCCUUGAUGGGUACGAACACCUGUUCUACGUGCACGGGCUCAGUGUCCGCGACUACUCCGUUUUUGCACUGCUCAACAAUACAAUGUUCUCCGGGACAAGCUUCUUGUAUCAGAAGCAAAACUUCAGCGUGUCGGAUCACAGCGUGUUGCGCGUGGUGGGGAGCAGUGGUUCCGUUUCCAACGCCAUCUGUGCAUAUAAUUUGUGGAUUGUUGAGCAGUCAAGCUGGCUGGAUUGGCGCGACAACGACGUGGGAGUGGGUGCGAUGUUCCGUUACUCCCUAAUAACUGCUUUUAUCAUUGACGGCAGCAGUGUGACGACGCUGACGGGCUGCAAGAUGGGCUUGACGGGGUUGUCGGGACCUCUGCUAUCUCGAGCCGACGCCGGCUACCGGUUCGUUUCUGGGUGCCUGACGGUCGCGGGACGUGUGCUGACGACGGCGGCUGAACUGGAGCUGAACGGCAUUACCAACGUGACGAUGGUUGCCGCGUGCGGGGAGUGCACGAAGGAGGGAGACUGCUUUGCCCCGCUGACGACGGCGGUCAGCGACUGCAAGUGCCAGUGCGCUGCUGGAGGGCACGGCGAUUUGUGCGUCCCGGCGCCUGUGCCUGCUGGCCCACUGUCACCGCCGCCACCACCGCCACCGCCACCGCCACCACGCACACCGCCACCGCCGCCGUUUGGUGAGUGCAUCAGCGACAUGGUGUACCCCGAGGUGGCGCAGGCUGUGGGCAGCGGGCUGUCGUGGCUGUGCUACCGCAACGUGACGUUCAGCGGGGGCGGCAUGAGCCUGACGGUGCUGAUUGGGGCGAUGACGGGCGAAGUGGUGAAUGUCACGUUUGAUGGAUGCACGUGGAGGGACGGUGCCGUGCUGGUGCUGUUGGGCAACGCGUACGCCGCUGUGGGGUCGCUGAACAUCGUUGUCACCGGCAACAGGUUUCAUGACGCGCUGCUCAGCCCGGAGGGUGGGUUUCCACCGCACACGAACAUCACAAUCAGCGGGAACCGCUUCACGGUCACGAGGCUGAUCCCUCGAUUUUGUUUGGGCGUUAGGAGGCCUUCGUGCGUUGCGAUGAAUGGACUGGCGGUCAGCAACGACUCCGCGGUGGUGCUGAGCGGCAAUGUGUUUCAGACCGUGACAGCAUCGUCGAGCGCCAUUUACGUCGUUGGAUCUUCGCUGAGGGUGUCGUGGCACUCCGUGUUUGCGGUGGUGGGCAACACGUUUCAUAUGGCCAGCGCUAACGGUACGCUGAUAUAUAUUGGAGGCUCUAGACAUUCUUUGUCGCUGAGUGUACUGAACAACUCUGCCGUGGUGAUCCGAGGCAACGUUGUGACGAGGCCGGUGAAGUACUUUAUUGUAUUCCUUUGGUCCUUACGUGUGGAGUCCCAGUGCGCGGUUGUGUUUCAGGGCAACGACAUGCAGGGAAGCUUGGUUGUGUUUUACUCAGUUUUUUCUUCCUACAUUUUCUACAACUUCUGGCUGCAGUUGAGCGGCAACCUCUGCCGCGUAUCCCCAUCGGAAGGCUUUACUGUUUUUAACCCCACGGUGAAUCUCCGCGACUCCACGGUGUCUGUGUCUGGCAACCGAUUCAUGUCCAGCACAGUCUCGCCAACAGUGCUGCUGAUACCCAAAAGUUCCCGCGAUCUCACAAACGGAGCGAUUGUUGCUGCGUGCAACACUGUGAACGGCGGGGAGGAGGCGAACUACGUUAUUCCUUUCGUGUACAAUGCCACCAUUUUGACCUGCAGCGACCCAUGCGCCCUCGCGGCGUCGUGCUUUCCUGCUUACACAUCGACGGCCUCGAGUGAUGGCUGCGCCUGCACGUGCGCUGAGGGGGGCCACGGCGAUGCGUGUCUGCCCGUUGCUGUUCCCGAGCCACCGAGCACCGACGGCGCCGAAUUGUGCGUGCAGGACGUGCGUGUGGGUGUGGAGGUGAGCGCGGGUCUUGGGACGUCGGUGGCGUGCUACGUUGGUGUGACCUUUGCGGCGGACGUCGUGGUGGACGUGGGCUUGAUGUCAGGGAGCGUGCGCAACGUGACGCUGGCGAACUGCACUUUUUUGGACGGAGCGAGCCUGUACGUUGUUGGGUGGCUGUCCGACCCGACUGCUGGACAGCGCGCCGAUGUGUUGAUCAGCGGACUUGAGUCGCGCUCUGGCGGCGGCGUGGUGGUGGCUAACCGAUUUCCGCCGGGCUCGCGCGUCACCGUGGUGGACUCGGUGCUGAUUGCAGAGAAGCGCGUUGCGUACCGCGGCGUCUACGACCUUGGCGACGCGUCCGCGUGCCUCGUGGUGCACAACGUGAAUCUGACUGGGAGCGUGCUGACCAUCGCGCGCACGCAGGUGGCGGCGGUGUUCCGCGACGCUGUUGGCGUGUUGGUGGUUGGCGGCGUGGCGCUGUCGUCGUGCGGUGCGCUGUACGUGGACGGGCUGUCGGUGCAGACGGCGCUGGGGCUGUGCGUGUCGGUGGAGGGCGGUGUUGCUGCCAGCGGCGGCUCCGUGGUGGCGUUUGUUGACAGCGACUUCCUGCUGUGCGAGCACGCGGUGUCUGUGCGUGGGGCUGUCAGCGUGUCGGGCUCCGCUGUGGCGCUUGUGCGGAGCGACUUUUUGACGACGGAGAACUACGCGGUGGCGUUUUAUUCGGCGGUGAGCCUGGCCGGCGGGUCGAUGCUGCUGGUGAAGGGCAACGUGCACGACGGCGUCUUGAGGGAGAUGCUCUACGCCGCUGGCGCCGUGACCGCUGCUGGGAGCACGCUGAGCUUUGUGCGCAACCGAGCGCUGCUGCCGCGGAUGCUGACGGUGAGCCUGUCGCUUGCGGCUGGGGCGCAUUUGAGGGUGGCGUGCAACGACGCUGGUGGACGUGUCCUGUCGACGGCGGAGGAGUACGCUGCGGCUGGUUUUGGCGACGCUGGGCGCACCGACGUUGCCGGGCGCGACGCCUGCGACAGGGACAUUUACUGCUACGCUCCCGAAACGGCGUCUGCGAGCAUGAAGGACGGUGUGUGCGUGUGCGCGUGCGGCAGCGGCGGGUACGGCGAGGCGUGCGUGCCUGUGGGAGCUCCCGCGCUGCCGCCUGCUGUGGGCACUGCGUCGAGUGCGUUUGUCCGCGAGGGCGUGACGGUGCGGUCGGUGUUCGUUGUGCCUGCCGGCGCGAGCGAGGUGACGCUGCGCCACGUUGUGCUGGACGGCGUGAGUCCGGUGCUGUACGUGCCGUGGAUGGCGCGAGAGGGCGUGCGGGAGGACGGUGUGGAUGCAUGUUGGGGAGCGCUCGGCGAAUUGACCUGA